GCCCACCUCUCGAGGGCCCCACCCUGUGGUCCUGCUGGUCUGUCUGUCUGGGGGGCGAGGCGGCGGCAGCUCCUUCCACCCAGCCCGGAGGAGCAUCCCGCCUCGUCUCUGGCAGUUGUCAGAGAGGAAGUGGGUCUGGGCCCAUUUCCUGUUGUGUGCCCCUGGGAGAGCGACAGGCCACAGUGCUGCUACCAGACGGCUGGCAUCCCGAUCUGGUUGGCCAGCCCCGGAGCCCCUGGGGUCCGGAGUUUCAGAGACAACGGGUUGUACCCACGUUGCUUCCUGAGAGCCCGCGGCCGGGCCGGCAGAGAGCGUGGCCGCCGGGACCGGCCUGAGAGAGCCCACGUGCUGGGGCGGAGGGGCACCCGGGGUGUCCGGCAGCAAGGUGAUUUGUUGGCAUAAAGGUCACUUGAAACUGUGAGGCACCUCCUCGGCAGGACUGACAAGACGUGAUAUGCACCGGAAAGCUCUGGUAUAGCCACACCGACUGACACUGGAACCGGCAAACAUACCAGGAAGCCCCGCCGCUCCAGCCAGCCUGGCCCCAGAGACGAUGCCCCCCUGCGGGGCUGAGCCCCACUGCAACGUGUCGAUAAAGACGCUGGAGGAAAGCAGGGUGUUCGUGGUGGCGGUGUACAGCGUCGUGUGCGCCCUGGGGCUGCCGGCCAACUGCCUGACGGCCUGGCUGACGCUGCUGCAGGCGCGGCAGGGCAGCGUGCUGGCUGUCUACCUGUUCUGCCUGGCGCUGUGUGAGCUGCUCUACGCCGGCACGCUGCCGCUGUGGGUCAUCUACGUCCAGGGGCAGCACCGCUGGACCCUGGGGACGUGGGCCUGCAGGGCGACCGCCUACAUCUUCUUCUGCAACCUCUACGUCAGCAUCCUCUUCCUGUGCUGCAUCUCCUGUGACCGCUUCGUGGCCGUGGUGUACGCGCUGGAGAGCCGUGGCCGCCGCCGCCGCAGGACCGCCGUCCUGGUCUCUGUGUCUGUCUUCCUGCUGGUCGGGCUGGCUCACUACCCGGUGUUUCAGAUGGAGGAGAAGGGCACCUGCUUCGAGACAAUGCCCAUGGACGGCAAGCUCGCCCUGUACUACUACUUGCGGUUCGCCGUGGGGUUCGCCCUCCCGCUGUCCGUCAUCGCCAUCACCAAUCACCGCAUCUUCAGGACCAUCAAGCUGAGCGAGGGCCUGAGCGCGGCCCAGAAGGCCAAGGUGAGGCACACAGCCAUCGCGGUCGUGGUCAUCUUCCUGGCCUGCUUUGCCCCCUACCACCUGGUGCUGCUCUUCAAAGCCACCGCCUUUACCUACUACAGAGGCGACUGUAAAUCUUUGUGCAAAUUCGAGGUCCGCCUGUACACGGUCUCUGUGGUCUUCCUGUGCCUGUCCACGGUGAACAGCGUGGCCGACCCCAUCAUCUACGUGCUGGCCACGGACCACUCGCGACAAGAAGUGUCCAGAAUCCACAGGAAGUGGAAAACGUGGUUCACCAGCACGGAGGCCACUAAAGUCACAUGUCUGAAGGACUCGGGGGAGAUGCAGUUGCCCACGUUGCUUGCAAAGGGCUGCAUGCUCCCCAGGCCUGGCCAGCCCCCCAGGUCACAGCCCAGCACGUGGGCCUCUCUGGGCGCCCUAGAGAGGCUGAGUGAGGAGUCCUAUUGAGCCCAGUGUCCUGCAGGGCAGGCCGGCCAGCAUGGGCGUCCAGGGCCAGCGGCGAGGCCUCUCCAGCCGCUCAGCCCACAGCCAGUGUCCAUGGCACAGAUUUCUCUUCCCUGGAGCCAUGCCCUGCAGGAGCCUCUUCGCCUCAGGCUCCAGCCCCCCAGGCACUCCCGCUGGACCCCACCGGGCAGGUGGCAGCAUGCCCAGGGUAAGGGCAACAGUACCAGGCGCAGAAGCCCAGGAGCGUGUGGCAGGCAGAAGGGCCUCCUCACCCACAGCUUGCUUGGCUAUUAGCAAACAGCAGGGCUGCUGGCAGAGGCCACGUGCCUGCCUGGUGCUGCCGGCAGCCGGCACAUGCCAUGUCCGGGUAGGUGGCCAGGCAGCAUCCACAGUGAUGACUUUAUUUCUGGGCUGUUCUGUGGGCACUGAGCGAAUGACUGUGAUGGUACAUUGUGGGCUGUGCACACUGCACACCUGGGGGACGCCUGUGGGGUACACAGACCUGCGGGGCAGGGCCCAGCCCUGAGGGUCCUCGGCUGGGGCUGGCUCUGUGCUGAGCGGGUCUGACGCUGAAGGCUGCCGUGGCGCCCUCAGGGGAGCUGGGGCCGGGCGCCACCUGUCCUCUGUAGGGGCCCUGGGUGCUCAUGUGGGCUGGAAGGCCCCUGGGCUGCCAGCAUGGCCGAGAGAUGGUUGGAGCCUUCACAUUCAGGCCCCCUGGCUUCAUUGUCAGAAGCUGGCCGAGGGCUGGGACAGGUCCAUUCAGGAGCAAGCGUUGGCCCCCCGGCCUCCAGCCCCUCACGAAGGCACGGAUGGAGCUCGGGGCCUAGCACGGGCUACUCUCUCACAGUGCUGGGGCAGAAAGCCCGCGGUUGAGGUGUUGCAGGGCUGGUUCCUUCUGGGGCUCGGGGAGCUGCGCAGGCC